AUAUGACAAAAUAAGUAAUGAACACACAUUCAAUAUCUUGAAAAAUGAAGACGUUGAUUGUGCUUUGCUUUAUUUUGGGAUUCAAUGUUAAAACUUCACAAACAUUUUAUAGCGGUGGUGUCGCUCUAACUUUCGAACUUGGGGAUCAGGAGAAAAGUUGUUUUAUCGAAACUUUUCCAGGAGGGAAGAGUUAUGUAUUUUCAUACCAAGUCAUAAGGGGAGGUAACAACGAUGUUGAUGCGUGGGUCGUUUCGCCGAACGGUAAGAUUCUCUACAAGGAACAACGAAAAGAACAUGACGAAUUCAGAUUUGAUCCAUCAAAAGGAGAUUUCCAAUUUUGUUUCGGGAACGAGUUUUCGACAAUUACUCAUAAAGUCGUCUAUUUUACCAUAAGUCCAGAAGAGAUUGAUUCUUUAGCUGUUGAAGCAGGCGAUAAAAAGCCGACUGCGCAGACUAUGUUACAAGACGCAUGUGAUGAAAUUCAUUCAGCUAUGACGGAUGUAUUUGAAAACCAAGUGGACUUCCGGCUGAAGGAGUCCAUGGGCCGCUAUGUAGCUGAGGAACUGAACAAUCGCAUAAUGUGGUGGUCAAUAGGACAAGCUUUGACCGUUAUGAUUAUAGGGUUUGGACAGGUCUUUAUACUUAAAACAUUUUUCACUGACAAGCUACCAUCACACAGUAAGCUUCAAGAAACGUAAACUUGGAAUUGAUGGUAGUGCAGACUUAAUUAAUUUCAUAAAGACGAAUUUUCAAUGAAAUUCAUGCAGACAUUCAUCAUUGCUGUCAUUUUGUAAUGAGUUCGUGAUAUGAUUGUACUAAAAAAGAUUUGUAUAAUUAAGAUAUCUUGCUCCGAAUUAUUUUUCUUUAACAUAUUAUAAUUACUCAUAUCAUACAUAUAUAGUUGAUCUAAUUAUUUUAAUUGCCUCAUUGUUAACAGACCGUUUUUUCCUAUAUACUUCACAAAAAAGAUUGGUGACAGCUAAUGUGUAGACAAGAAGUACCAUAUCUUUUACUUGUAUUUUGCCUAACUUUAU